GAGAAGUAAAGAAGGACCCGCGUCCGCGUGCCCGGGCGCCGACUGCUGGGCGACGCCGCCGGGAGCGAGCACGCCUCUGACGUCACGCGCUGCUCGUCCAAUGAGUGGAGGCCUGAGGGAGGCGCCGGUCCCGGCCCCGCUGCCGCCGCCGCCACACCGGCCCUUCGGGAGCGUCUGAGGAGGCGCGGGCCGCUGCGGGCUCGGGCGCCGCACCGCGCCGGCCCGAGCCCCUGGACGAGGCCCACGGAGCCGCUCGCCCCGACCCAGCCGCCCGAUGUCCUCAAGAUGGAGGCAGCGGGGGCGGCGGCGUGAAGAAAGCGGCGCUGUGGGCGCGGGAGUAGGGGCCCGGGCGGAGGCGGUGGCGGGAUGGGGCUGCUGCUCAUGAUCCUGGCGUCGGCCGUGCUGGGUUCCUUCCUCACGCUCCUCGCCCAGUUCUUCCUGCUGUACCGCAGGCAGCCCGAGCCGCCGGCUGACGAGGCCGCCCGCGCGGGCGAGGGCUUCCGCUACAUCAAGCCAGUGCCGGGCCUGCUCCUAAGGGAGUACCUUUAUGGCGGCGGCCGGGAUGAGGAGCCCUCCGGAGCGGCCCCUGAGGGCGGCGCGACCCCCACCGCGGUCCCCGAGACCCCCGCCCCGCCGACGCGGGAGACUUGCUACUUCCUGAACGCCACCAUCCUAUUCCUGUUCCGGGAGUUGCGGGACACCGCGCUGACCCGCCGCUGGGUCACCAAGAAGAUCAAGGUGGAGUUCGAGGAGCUGCUGCAGACCAGGACGGCCGGGCGCCUGCUGGAGGGGCUGAGCCUGCGGGACGUGUUCCUGGGCGAGACGGUGCCCUUCAUCAAGACCAUCCGGCUCGUCCGGCCAGUCGUGCCCUCGGCCACCGGGGAGCCCGACGGCCCUGAAGGGGAGGCGCUGCCCGCCGCCUGCCCCGAGGAGCUGGCCUUCGAGGCGGAGGUGGAGUACAACGGGGGCUUCCACCUGGCCAUCGACGUGGACCUGGUCUUCGGCAAGUCCGCCUACUUGUUUGUCAAGCUGUCCCGCGUGGUGGGGAGGCUGCGCUUGGUCUUCACGCGCGUGCCCUUCACCCACUGGUUCUUCUCCUUCGUGGAGGACCCGCUGAUCGACUUCGAGGUGCGCUCCCAGUUUGAAGGGCGGCCCAUGCCCCAGCUCACCUCCAUCAUCGUCAACCAGCUCAAGAAGAUCAUCAAGCGCAAGCACACCCUACCGAAUUACAAGAUCAGGUUUAAGCCGUUUUUUCCAUACCAGACCUUGCAAGGAUUUGAAGAAGAUGAAGAGCAUAUCCAUAUACAACAAUGGGCACUUACUGAAGGCCGUCUUAAAGUUACAUUGUUAGAAUGUAGCAGGUUACUCAUUUUUGGAUCCUAUGACAGAGAGGCAAAUGUUCAUUGCACACUUGAGUUAAGCAGUAGUGUUUGGGAAGAAAAACAGAGGAGUUCUAUUAAGACGGUUGAAUUAAUAAAAGGAAAUUUACAAAGUGUUGGACUUACACUUCGUCUUGUCCAGUCAACUGAUGGGUAUGCUGGGCACGUCAUCAUUGAAACUGUGGCUCCAAACUCGCCUGCUGCAAUUGCAGAUCUUCAGCGGGGAGAUCGACUUAUCGCCAUUGGAGGUGUGAAAAUCACAUCAACACUGCAAGUGUUGAAGCUUAUCAAGCAGGCUGGUGACCGAGUCCUGGUGUACUAUGAAAGGCCUGUUGGCCAGAGUAAUCAAGGUGCAGUGCUGCAAGAUAACUUUGGCCAGUUGGAAGAAAACUUUUUGUCAAGCUCAUGCCAAUCGGGUUAUGAAGAGGAAGCUGCCGGGUUGACAGUAGAUACUGAAAGUAGAGAGCUGGAUUCUGAAUUUGAAGACUUGGCAAGUGAUGUCAGAGCACAAAAUGAGUUCAAAGAUGAGGCACAAUCAUUAAGUCAUAGUCCCAAACGUGUUCCAACAACACUUUCUAUUAAACCCCUUGGAGCUAUAUCACCAGUUUUAAACCGUAAAUUAGCUGUAGGAAGUCACCCACUACCACCAAAAAUUCAGUCCAAAGAUGGAAAUAAACCUCCACCCCUAAAAACUUCAGAGAUAACAGACCCAGCACAAGUGUCAAAACCAACCCAAGGAUCUGCUUUCAAACCACCUGUGCCACCACGACCACAAGUGAAAGUUCCUUUGCCUUCCGCUGAUGCUCCAAAUCAGGCAGAACCAGAUGUUCUCGUUGAAAAGCCAGAGAAGGUGGCGCCGCCUCCUCUUGUAGAUAAAUCUGCUGAAAAGCAAGCAAAAAAUGUGGAUCCCAUAGACGAUGCAGCUGCAUCUAAGCAAUUUUUAGCAAAGCAAGAAGUGGCCAAAGAUGUCACUUCAGAAACUUCCUGCCCUACUAAGGACAGUUCGGACGACCGUCAAACAUGGGAAUCAUCAGAAAUUCUUUAUCGUAAUAAGCUAGGAAAAUGGACAAGAACCAGAGCAUCCUGUUUGUUUGACAUAGAAGCCUGUCACAGGUACUUGAACAUUGCAUUGUGGUGCAGGGAUCCUUUUAAGUUGGGAGGUCUCAUCUGUUUGGGGCAUGUUAGUUUAAAACUUGAAGAUGUGGCUUUAGGAUGCCUAGCUACAUCAAACACGGAAUACCUUUCCAAAUUGAGACUGGAAGCCCCCUCACCUAAGGCUAUAGUCACUAGAACCGCACUACGCAAUCUGAGUAUGCAAAAGGGAUUCAAUGACAAAUUUUGCUAUGGUGACAUUACUAUUCACUUCAAAUAUUUGAAAGAAGGAGAAUCAGACCACCAUGUAGUUACUAACGUAGAAAAAGAAAAAGAACCCCAUUUGGUUGAAGAAGUUUCUGUUCUUCCUAAAGAGGAGCAAUUUGUUGGACAGAUGGGUUUAACAGAAAACAAACACAGUUUUCAGGAUACUCAGUUCCAGAACCCAACAUGGUGUGACUACUGUAAGAAAAAAGUCUGGACUAAAGCAGCUUCCCAGUGUAUGUUUUGUGCUUAUGUUUGCCAUAAAAAAUGUCAAGAAAAGUGUCUAGCUGAGACUUCUGUUUGUGGAGCAACUGAUAGGCGAAUAGACAGGACACUGAAAAACCUUAGGCUGGAAGGACAGGAAACCCUCUUAGGCCUGCCUCCUCGUGUUGAUGCUGAAGCUAGCAAGUCAGUCAAUAAAACAACAGGUUUGACAAGGCAUAUUAUCAAUACUAGUUCUCGUUUAUUAAAUUUGCGUCAAGUCUCUAAAACUCGCCUUUCUGAACCAGGAACCGAUCUCGUAGAACCUUCACCAAAACACACACCCAACACGUCAGACAACGAAGGCAGUGACACGGAGGUCUGUGGUCCAAACAGUCCUUCUAAACGGGGAAACAGCACAGGAAUAAAGUUAGUGAGAAAAGAGGGUGGUCUGGAUGACAGUGUUUUCAUUGCAGUUAAAGAAAUUGGUCGUGAUCUGUACAGGGGCUUGCCUACAGAGGAAAGGAUCCAGAAACUAGAGUUCAUGUUGGAUAAGCUACAGAAUGAAAUUGAUCAGGAGUUGGAACACAAUAAUUCCCUUGUUAGAGAAGAAAAAGAGACAACUGAUACAAGGAAAAAAUCACUUCUUUCUGCUGCCUUAGCUAAAUCAGGUGAAAGGCUACAAGCUCUAACACUUCUUAUGAUUCACUACAGAGCAGGCAUUGAAGAUAUAGAAACUUUAGAAAGUCUGUCUUUAGACCAGCACUCCAAAAAAAUAAGCAAGUACACAGAUGAUACAGAAGAAGACCUUGAUAAUGAAAUAAGCCAACUAAUAGACUCUCAGCCAUUCAGCAGCAUAUCAGAUGACUUAUUUGGCCCAUCCGAGUCUGUGUAGCAGACAGGUCUAUUUAAACUUUCAAAUGAACAGGGUAAAGUUGCAUCUAAAGUACCACAGAUACAACCAUGUUUAAAUCCUCGUAUGCACUCUGGCCUGCUUCUCCAGUUACUUGCUUGUGUAAGAACAAAAAUGAGAAAGGUUGUUUUCCAGUAAAAACAUGACCAGCUUACUAAUUGGUUGUUUUGGAUUGCAUUUAUAGCUAUGCUUUUUUGGGUUUAUACUGGGAAUUUAUUUUUACUAAAUUAUUUAACUUUUCUAAUUAUGUAAUUAUGUAAGCUAACUUUUCAUGUUUAUGUAUGUAUGGUGUCCCCUUGUGUUAUUUUCCUUCCUCUUGGUUUUUGAAUUAGUGUUAAAUAGAAUACUGUCUAGAUUCUUAAAAUAUUUUCAUUUCCAUCAUGGUUAUAACAAAUUUGCUGCAUGCCCAAAUUGACAACAGCAAUCACUGAGGGAACAGGUUUUGAACCUUUCUUUUGUGUUAAUGAAGUUUAUCAUCUCUACUUGCUUGAGAUUUUUGUUAUUUUGGGGGUUUGGGGGUGCUUUUUGUUUUGUUUUUGCCAAAUGUAACAUGAAAGCAGAUGCUGCAGCUUUAGUCUGUUAUGCUGAUUUAGUAAAAAAAAAAAUUUUACAUAUAUUGCUUGCUUUCGAUGCUUCUGUGAAAUUUUUUUCUAAAGCUUUUGUGCAGCUUUAUGGUAAAAAUAUGGUGAUUAAUUUGAAGAGCUUACAUUGAAAGACAAUGUAAUAGGAAAUAAAUGUAGAUUGCAGUUGGUCAAGAAUUUUGUAGAGAGGAUAACAAGAUUUAAUUACUGAAAAACAGUAACAUAGCAUUUUGAAAUAUAAUCUUUUAAAAUAUUGAUGCUUUCCUUUUAAAUGGAAAUUUAAAUUUUAUGAUUAAAAGUUUAAACAUUUAUGAUAAUUUUCCUCAUCAGUUCUCCCAUAGGAAAUAAAGCAUGUGAAAGGGUA